GCGGAACUUUUUAUUUUUUUUUAAAUAUACAAUAUAAAACUAUAUUAUUAACUAUAUUAAAACUAUUAUUUCUCAAUUUACACGACUACGCGCAUACAACAUUGUUUAUCUUAUCUUAUUUGGAAUUUUAGCUUCCUUCUUAAUGAUUUUUAUUACGUGUUUAUCUUUUUUAUCAAAACGAAUAUUGUAUUGCGACAUUAAUGUUAAUAAAUUGGUUGCAUAGAAGAAUGCGUAUAACAACACGAAACGCGUCACACAAUUUAUCACACGUUUUAUUGAGUCGCAUUGCAAUAUUAUCGAUCUUAUCAAACAUGUGAUGGUACACGGACAAUAACGGAAGUGCCAGCCUUCAUAAAUUUCUGUCGCUAUCCAACAUAGAUAAGAUCUGCCAGUACUGCAAUUGCAUCGAUCAAUCAGUCAACUACUGAUAUCGCGUGCAGCGCAACGUAGACCGAACUCAGGAAAACCAGACGAACGUAUAUUACAAGCAAGAUGCAUACACUCUGCUUGCGAAAAACUUUUCGUGCCACGGUCAAACUCGGACGACUUAAAAACCUUAUCUCUCACAAUGACAGCGACCAGUUUUAUCGAACGUUAACCCACCAGCGCAAACGAGGUAUUCUAGGCGAAAUCGAUGUGUCGCUGGACGAAAUCCCCCGCUUCGAAAAGGACUCAGAAACGCAAAACCGACUCAAAAUUGCUAUUCGAAAAAACAAAUUUCUGGGAGAUCUCGAUGAGAUUCGUAUCCAGGAGAUCGUUUCAGCCAUGUAUCCCAAAUCAGUCAAAGGGCAGACGCGACUCAUCCACCAGGGCGAAACAGGAUCUCACUUGUACGUCUCGGAGAAGGGAAACUUCGAGAUAUACGUGAACAACACAUUCUACGGGAACUUUGGACCCGGAGUCGCUUUCGGAGAGUUGGCAUUGUUAUACAACACAAAAAGAUUGAGCUCUAUCGACGUGGUAACAGACGGCAAGGUUUGGGUCUUAGACCGGAAAGUCUUCGUUGCUAUAAUGCAGAGGACCGAUGAAGAAUGUACGCAACACAAUUUACAAGUUCUCCGUCGUAUCUCCGUGCUGCGAACGCUUCCCGAAGAGGUUCUCGCGAAGAUGUCCGACUUGAUAGUUGUGGAAUUUUAUUCAUCUCAUUCGUACAUCAUACGCGAAGGAGACCCGGGAGAUAAGUUCUUUAUAAUAAACGGCGGUAACGUCAGGAUUACGAAGACUACCUCGUAUGACAUAGAGGAGGAAAUGAUGGUGCUCGACAAGGGAGAUUACUUCGGCGAAAAAGCACUGUACGACAACGGCGAUACUAAACGACAAGCAAAUGCUAUCGCUUUACCACCUGGCACCGAAUGCUACACGAUCGACCGACAAUCCUUCUUGGAUUACCUCGGCGGUUUGGAAUCAAUUCGUAAUAAAAACUGGCAAAUCUAUCGGCGACCAACACUCACCGAUACCUGGGAUCACGAGUUUCGCAAUCUCUCGCUGACAGAUUUGGAGAUUAUCGGGACUAUAGGCGCCGGUGGUUACGGCAGAGUCGAAUUGGUGGCCGUCAACUCAAUACCGAACAUCAGCUACGCCCGAAAAAAAGUGCGAAAAAACAUGAUCACAAUGAGAGGAUACCAGAAACUGAUCUACAACGAAAAACAAAACCUGAGACUAUGCAAUUCACCUUUCAUCUGCAAAUUAUAUAGGACGUUUAAGGACAACAAAUACCUCUAUUUCCUAAUGGAAGCAUGCUUGGGUGGUGAUUUGCGAACAGCUCUGUACCGAAAAGGUACAGGAUUCGACAAUUCCACCGCCCAGUUUAUCGUCGCUUGCGUCGUGGAAGCGCUUGAUCACCUUCACACACUUGGCAUUAUUUACAGAGAUUUGAAACCCGAGAACAUCCUAAUUGCCAAUAAUGGCUACAUUAAACUGACUGAUCUUGGUUCUAGCAAAGUGAUAGGUGCUUACAAGACGACGACUUUUGUGGGAACUCCCGAAUAUCUAGCGCCGGAAAUUAUUCACGUUAAAGGAUAUAACAGGGCUGUGGAUUAUUGGGCCUUAGGAGUCCUAGUAUACGAACUACUUCUCAGCAGAACGCCCUUCCAGGACACAAGCGACUUAGAAAUAUGUGAGAAGAUUCUAAAAGGAUUCGACGACAUUCGUAUGCCGAGUAUAGUAAAAAACACCGCGAAGAAUUUCAUCCAACGUCUUCUACAGUUCGACCCUACAAAGAGACUCGGUUAUUUACGAAACGGAGUCAUGGAUGUGCGAAAUCAUAAAUGGUUCAAUAAUUUUAACUGGCAUGCAUUGCAAAAUCAGACAAUAUCUUCUCCUAUAAAGCCAUCGAUAAAAAACCACUUGGAUAUAAGGAAUUUCGAUAGAUAUCCUCCAGAUCGUGAACCUGUAUCGAACGAUUUUUCUGACUGGGAUACCAACUUUUAAUUAUAAGAAACUGUAUAUGUGUGGCAAUGGAAUAGAGUAAGACUAUGCAACGAUGAGGUAAUAACUAUUACUACCUUGAAUAUCUUCAAAAUAUGAAAAUGGGAGAAAAAUUUAUCUCACAGAAAUUAUAUGACGACUCUCAUCACAUCAUAAAACGGUUUUCUAUAUACUACCACUUCUGUAUCACAUAAUCUCUAUUAGAUAAAUUUUUUUAUAUUUCGUAAUUACUCAAAAUAAUAAUAGUUAUUACUUUAUUCUGUGUAUUUUAAAUAUAAGAGAUUACUCUCUUGAUAUACUAACAUGUACAAAUGUAAUUCUAUUUUCCUCAUAUAAAGAUCACACAUAUGUAAUGUUAUUGUAACUUGAGAAUCUAAACUAACAAAUAUCUAGUCCUAAAUAUGUUAAAUGUAAAAAUUUAGAAUAUGAAUUUCUAGAUAUAUUUUUUAUUUACUAUAAUGAAAUGUAAUUUUUAAGUAGUCUGCGAGUUCAUUUUGCUAUAUGAUUACAGAGAAAUCAAUCAAUA